AUGGGCAUUGAUUCUUUGAAAUUCCUUAUUGGAAGUGCCGGAUCGACAGAGUAUAACCCAUACUUCUAUUCUCAGCACGCCGAGGGCGCGGAUGACUACACGAUUCAUAGUCCUCCUCCCGCACGACAGAAUCCAGGCAGGAUACCACGGCGACCUACUUCAAGUCAACAACGGCGCUCUCCCUACGAACCUUUGCCCGUCAGUGAUGCACCUUACUUUCUCCCUCCUAUCAACGAACUAGCGCCGGAGUAUUACAAUUACAACCAGGACAACUUUCAUAAUCCUCCACCGGACCAUCCUGCCGGUAGCUUCGCGCCUUCCACGAACAAUGUGUCCACCAACGAAGGCGGCUCCGAUUUCGUCGCCCCUCUCAAUAUUCGGCAAAAGCUUGGUUCGAAUGACUACGAAGGCCACAACACACAAGCGCCGAAUGAGAAUCCUUACCUCUUUGACGCCGAUACGUUCCUCAAUCGAGCUUCAAAAAAGCUGCACAUGAAGCGAACCUUUUACUGGCUGGACCCGAAAUUCUUUCACGAGCGGGCCUGGUUCAGUUGGACGUCCCCUCACUCCUAUCAGCUCCCUGGCCACUACUACAGAUCUGCAAGUGGCGGGCAGAUCAACAUCUACAGGCACAGGGAUGUUUUUCGUCGAAAGUAUGCCGGUUUGAACGACGAUCGAUACUUAGAUCCGCUUGAUGGGAGGGUAGAAAAGCUGUUCGUCCAAACAGUCAACGAUAUCUACGACACGGAGAACGACACGACCUGGCGGAGGACGUAUAUCGAAAACGUCAGCCCAUGGAUCAUCCGUUUGGCCUAUUGGCCUUACGCGCAUAUGCCUGUUGCAGGCCCGAGCUUCCCAGCUGAAUAUGGCCUUCUCGAAUCAUCCGUUGCUGGGAUCAGCGCCUGGAAACGAGAGCAAUGGCUUCAUGUUGGCCUUCGUUGGCUACCUACUUGCAUUGGCCUGCUGCUACUGAUGACCUUCCCGACAGACAUCGAGGGCCAAGUCCGCAACCAUGGAAACUACGAUCCUGUGCCUUACCGAUAUUGGUCCUACCCUCUCUCCGCGCGUAACUUCCGGGAGAACAUAGGUGAGAAACCCAACCCUCAAUUUCUCGGAUCCACAAAAGAUGUUCGACUCUCCGAUCGAUGUCUACGGCCGCGACUUUUGUGUUUCUUGGAUUGCGUGACCGACGAGAAUCCACGGGGAUGUCUCGAUCCACGGGUUUGGAUUGAUGCGCACGGAGGAGCCGUCGAGCCGACCUAUAUCUUCAUUUCUUAUACCGCUGAGAACCAAUUCGAGCGCAGAUGUCGUGGUGCGAGGAAAGAUAUCCAAAAUACCGGCUCUUCACAUUGCAACUGUCCCCAGUGCUGUGACGCAGCAUCCGACGCCGAAGCCCUCCAUAACAUUGCCCGCCUGGCCGCCAAGAAAGCCCAGGUCGCAGCCUACUGGACCGACCAAUGUUGUAUGUCCACUGACAAGGAUGAGCUCCAAGAAGACGUCUACCGCAUCAGUGAUGUCGUCCGCGGUGCGGCAAAGAUCGUCAUUGUCGUAGGCCGGACAGGCCAAGACCAUCUUCCACCAUCAAUCACCACCCUCGACCUGCUGAAAGAAUGGGGCACACGAAUGUGGACGUGGCCCGAAGUACUGUUGGGCCCUGCGAGGGAGAAGAUACAGGUUUACACGCGCAGAGGAGACAUUCGUGCAGCUGCUCCACUGGAAAUCUCGAAAAUGGAGUUCCCUGCCCAAGUCUGGGACGAUGGCGAAGUGGCGAGACAGCUGAUCGACAACUACGAGGGGUCACUGGCCCUGAGUCGACUAGAACUAGUGGUCCUGGCCCUGGAAUGCCUCAAAAGGCGGGUGGAGAAAGGGACGACAAAAUACCUUGAAGGUGACUUGUCGUACGCAUUGAUGGGCCUGUUGAGGCAAAGGCCAAAGGUCGAUAAAACGGAUUCUGCAUUUCAGGCCUUUGCGCGGCUGUCUUUGGCGAACGAUAGUGAUCGUUUGCUGGAAAGAAUGAUCUGCUUACUUCCUUUCGAGGACCGCCACGAUUCCAUGCCUAAUGACCAACACUCAGACCAAAACGCAGGAACAGCGGCCAGCGCCAACGACCAGCACGGAGGUUUUCCACCUAGCGAAAAUAAAAAGAGGCACGAUUGGACCAACCUGGACGACUACUGGGGCGCCAAACUCUGGGAUGUCGAACCCAUUUGCCAGGUCGCAGGCAUCGGGCAGCACGACACUGUGAUCCUCGACGGCGCCUACGGGGCCACAGUCCACUGGGACAAAUUCCAACGGGUCGCCAUCACCACCCGAGAGACUUGGUCGCGUAUGCUGGCCCGAUAUUUCGUGCGCGGCACACCGGCGUGGUUCUUCACCGGUGUCCUUGCUCUGGCAUUCUCAGCAAACAAUCCCACGGCAAAGGGGAUUGGGGCGUUCUUCCUCGUCAUCGCGCUGAUUACUGUCCUUCUCUCGCCAAUGCUAAUCCUGCACAUAUACGGAGGGAAAGUAUGGAAUACUCAACCAUGGCUCUUCGGAUUCGAAGGACACAUGUCCCUGAGAAAGAUCGAGAUGAAGAUCUUUGGUUUCCCUUCGGAACGGCUCUCGUGGGCACCCUAUGCGAGUAACAUGUCUCAUCAUCGGGUGAAUAGUGAGUUCUUGGAGAAGGAGUGUGAGGGAACAGAUCCUUUGCUCGCGGGCGAGAACGAGAGAGGUGCGGGAAUGGUGUCGACGACGGGGGAGAAGCUGAGGCAUUUCACGCUGGUCGAUACGAAUACAAUGACUGUAACCUCGUUUCGAGCCGCACGGCCACCUACUGUUGCUCUCCUCUGCGGCUCAGAAGGAGGCAUGCAGCGCGCGGUGAUGUGCUCGUAUGACUGGACAAAUCAGUGUCUGUGGCGAGAGACUGUGCUUCGCAUGGAGACAAUCGCACUCCAGAAGAUGCCCAGGAUCGGGAGGGUCAGGUUUGGAUUGAGAAGAUGGGAGACCGAGAUGGGCAGGAGUAAUCUGCAGCCUCCUGACUGA